AUGGUCAUGAUUGUCCACAAGAACUCUACGGACAGGAUAGCAACGAUUUCGCAUCUAAUCGAUAACCAUGCCGGAGAAGAGUCACGUCUGGCUCUAUCUGCGUCUGCUUACACUGCUAUUAAAUGCGUUACGAUUUACGCAAUCACUUUCGAUGUAAUGCAGUAUAAAAUGAAAUCUGAACUUGCUAAUGAAUUGAUUGGAUACGGCCGCGAAAGUGUAGUUUUCGGCGACAGCCACAACAGCCACAACGACCACAACAAUCGUAGAGGCAGCCGUCAAAGUGAUGAAGAGGAGAAAGAAGAAGAUGGUCAAAGCAGGAAGAGAUGUCGAUGCCCGUGGUACAUGUGGAUUGUUGUGCUUCUCGUCAACUUUUUCAUUUUCAUUCCGACUGGCAUCUUGCUCAGUAUCCACGGCUAUCACAGACGAUCCAACCUGACAUUAUCUCUGGGCAUCGUCGUUGUCAUCUUCUUCACACUCAUCCUCCCAGUCAUACUCAUUUGUUACAAAUUCAGGCAACACAUAUGCUCCAGCUUCUCGUCGCGACACCAGCGGCUGACGAGUGAUGCAGCUACCACAACCAUACCUCGCAAGUACUUCUACCCACAAAUCAUCUACAACAAACAAACGCCAACAAUAACGCCUUCUAGAAGGUUAUUCUCAAACCCAUUCGAGGUUCUUUCUUACGAGCUUUCGCCUGAAAAUGCAGCCACUUCUACAGUUGAAGUAGCGUCAACAGCCACAUCGGUUUUAGUGGCAGCAGCAACAGCCACAAUACCCGUGGUUGCGUUAAACGUGGAGAAAGAUGUGGUGGAGGUGUGUGUUCCUGAUGAAGAUUUGGAUAACAUAAUGAGUAACUCAAUAAAACUCUACGCUUCAUCACCAACAUCAUCGUUAAGAAAUAAAACUAAUACAAAAUCGCCAUCGUCAUCGUCAUCUUCACCAACGAAUGCUAACAACCAGUUGACCAAUCAUAUUUAG